UAUUGCGCAACCACCUACCUGCUCCAGCUUGAAUUCUGUUCAUUUCACCGGAAGUUGACUUAAAUUGAUUCAGAUAGAACACGAGAGAGAUAAGACUCAGAACAAGACCGAAGGAAAGAAAGAUGGGCGCAGAAACGGCAGCAAGCGAACGCCGUCUCUCCAAGAUCGACUUCUCCGAUGUCAAUUCUUCCAACCCAGGAACGCGUAGCUGGGCUGCAGUUCGAGCUCGCGUGAUGCAAGCCAUGGAGUCCGACGGUUGCUUUGAGGCUGUCUACCCGCGGAUCUCCUCCGAGCUCCGUGACUCCCUCUUUGGCACUGCCAUGAAGGAACUCUUCGCCCUUCCUCUUGAGACCAAGCUACAAAACAUCUGCGACAAGCCCUUCCACGGCUACCUCGGCCAGAUUCCCUACCUCUCUUAUGAGAGCCUGGCCAUCAUGGACGCACCGUUUUCCUACGGCGCCCAGAGCUUCACCAGCCUCAUGUGGCCCAGUGGAAACUCCACCUUUUGUGAGACGGUGCAGUCGUUCUCAGAGCAAGUGAUGGAGCUGGAGGAGACGGUCCGGAGGAUGGUAUUGGAGAGUCUUGGGGUGGAGAAGUACUGCGUGGCUCAGACGGAGUCCACGAGGUUUCUGCUUAGGGUCUCGGAGUACGGGGCGCCUCAGGGAGAGGAGGAGAAGAAGCUGGGUUUGGUUCCUCACAGGGACAAGAACACGCUAGCCAUCGUGUGCCAGAACCAAGUGGAUGGACUUGAGAUAGAGACAAAGGAUGGGGAGUGGAUUCCGGCCACUCCCUCGCCGGCAUCCUUCAUCGUCAUCGCCGGGGAUGCCUUCAGGGCAUGGACCAACGGCCGAGUGUAUUCGCCGUUGCAUCGCAUCGUGGUGGGUGGAGACACAACGAGAUACUCGGCCAUCAUAUUCUCAAUUCCGAAGGAUGAAGUGGUGAUCCAGGCGCCGCCGGAGCUGGUCGAUGAGGAGCACCCAUCUCUCUUCAGGCCCUUCCUCUACAACAAGUAUGUGCACUACUGCGUCUCGGAGGAGGGCAUGAAGGUGAAGUGUCAGCUGGAUUCUUAUUGUGGCGUGGAUGCUGAGAAUCUUGAGAAGCAGGGAGAUGAGGCCUGAGACUGGGAGCAGUGGGAGCUCCACCACAUCUUCUCUCUUUUAAUAAUGAGAGCAAAUUAUUGUGCCUCUUAAUUUGUUUUCCAACGACUCUAUAUGGAAAACGCUAAAGAUCUACUAAGAGAGCUUAUUAAUCAAAAAAAAAAAAAAAAAAUCCAAACUUUCUCCUGUAUCAACUGCUUAUUUUCCUCACUAGAUUGUAUGAACUACUUCCGAAGGUCAAGCAGUCCCCGUAUUUUAUUUAGAUCUUA